UCGGUCGCACAAGCAGUCUUAGCUAGCUCAGAACUCAUGCUGGAAUUCAUGGUGGAUUUUCUUGCCGUCCCAACGCGCGCUGUAAGGAAUCAGGCGCGUCAAGUAUCACUUACAUAUAGCAGGCUCGGUAUUUAGUAUAUGGACGGCAACCCGAAGUAGCCACAGUCGGCGCUGGCCUGGCUCCUGGACUCUGCACCAGCGCGGCAGCGCUCGUGCCAACAGUGGAACUUGGGAACGCUCGAUAUGCGUGAAGCUGACUGAGAGUUACUUCAAGCGGCUCGGCGUUACUUGGCGGAUUGUCCGAUGAGAAUUGCGCGGUGACGCGCGUGUCGCAACUGACAUCGCUCACGAGGUAGCCAACACAGCUCUGUAAUGCCGGUAUAUCUCUGCACGCCAAGAAUGUGGAUGCUGGCCCUCGCUGGCGUUGGAGUCGGGCAUCUUGGUUGGUCAGCAGCAACGCAAGUUGCAACGGCUCUGAAUGGAUGGGCUGUCGCUCUUUGCAUCGGCCUGUGUGGCUACCUGCUAGGCGUGUGGCAUCACAGGGCCUCGGCAGCGCAGCGCGGCGCCAGUGUGGCAGGCGGCCUGAUGGGGCCCUGGACAGGCGCGGCAGCCAUUAAGGCCGCCGCCACCACCACCACCACAACGCCAUCCGCGCUGCAGCCGUCGCCGCCGUCACUGGUGGUGGCUGCCCGGCUGGCUCGGGCUCUCGAGCUGCUGGGAGACCUGCUGCCCGGCCACGUGGUGGAGGAGCUGCUGCUGGGGCCGGAGGGGGAGGGACUGGGAGAGGGACAGCUGGAGGGGGAGCAGAGGCACGGCCACGAGGAGGAGCUGGGCGGCGAGCCGUACAGCUGCCACCACCAGCUGACCACAGACUCCCAUAUGGACUCCGCCUACACGGACGUACGGCACAGCUGCGGUGUAGUCACGGACACGCCCAUAGGCGAAGACAACCACAGCUCGGCUCUGCUGCACAUGGGGGCGGCCCGGGAGCAGCAGCAACAGGGGCACCAGCAGCAGGUGCAUCAGGAGCGGGUGGAGCGGCGCUCAUCCUCAUGGGGCGGCACUGGCACCUUGUGGCAGCUGCUGGGACCAGACUGCAGCCUGCACUCGAAGCCGCUGCAGCCGCUGCCACUGGCGCACGAGGACGAGCAGCAGCAGCCACUGGAGGUGGAGGAGCCGUGCGCCUGGCAGCAGCAGGGGCCUGAGGGGGCCAUGGGGCUGCAGCUCAAGCAGGAGAGGGCAGAGUGCUGCAUGGCGGCGGCUGGCGAUGAAGCCGCGGCUGUCUGCCUUGCGCCUGUCGCCAGCGCCUCCAGCACCGCCAGCAGCAGCACGGCCACUAGCACACGCAGCGCCAGCAGCAGGGCGAGCUCGUGCGGUGGCGGCAGUGGCGAGGGCAGUGGCGCCAGCAGCGAGCGCGUCCGCCACAGCCGGAGCCCCAGCAGUGGCAGCGGCUGCGACAUGCCGUGCCGCACCGACACGCUGAGGCCCGGUGCCGAGGCCCUGGCUUCGGCGCCGGCGACUGUGGCGGCCGGUGUGGGGUUCGCAACAGAGGGCGCUUCAGCAUGUGGCCGUGAGGGGCGGGUGGAGCAGCAGCAGGCGGCGCAAGCAGCAGAGGCUGUGCGCCUUGCGAGUGAGUCCGCGGCCCUGCCCGCCCCAAGAUCAGCAUCUGCCAUUGCGGCCGCAGAGGAGCACAGGGACCUCCUCGCGUCCGUGUCGGCGCCGCUGCCCGCACUGCGCCUGCCACGGCGCAGCGGUAGCACCUGCUGUCAGUCACCUUUCGUCGGCAGCGGAUGCGGCGUCGCCUUGGUACAGUUGUCACCCUUGACACCAUUGCAACCGCUCGCGCUCAGCCUCCCGCCCUGGUCAUCGGCGCGGGUGUCGUGCGACCAGACACAGCAGCAGCAAGCCCCGCCCGUUCCAUCGACACCUAGCGCCAUCGGUGCCCCUGCUCCAGGCGUGCUGCCGCAGCGGCCGCCCCUCCCGCGCGUGCGCACCAUGCCUGUGCAGCGCUGCACCAUUGAACCGCCACCACCACCGCCGUCACAGCAGCAGAAGCAGCAGCAGCAGCAGCAGCAGCUACAUCAGUCUCAGCAGCUGCGGCGUUAUUCGCUCCAUCGCAGUACGACCAGUCUGUCAGCGGCCCUGCUGGACAGGGCUGCCUCCAAUCCGCGGACGCCAUUCCAUGAGGACACGCGCGCCGCCACUGUCAGCACGGGUGGCAUCAGCUGUGACACUAGCAGUUGCGGUGACGAAACUGCAAGGGUUGAUGUUGGAGGCGAGGCAGUAGUCAAGGGCGUGGCGGCCCGCCUCAGCGGCAGCACCAUCAGCCGCAGCCAGUCGCUCAUGUCGGUCGCCGGCAGUCGGGCGGCAGCGUGGCUUCGCAGCCGCUCAGCGUCAGCAUCAGCCUCAGCACUGGCAGCUGCCGCAGCUGUCGCGGUUGCCGCGGUGGCGGCGCCGUUCACCGCUGUCUCGUCGGUGGCCGGUGGGCUCACAGGUGCGGCCGCAGCAGCUGCAGCCCCUGAAGCCACACAGGAGGACGGUGGCGAGCACGUGGCAGCAGCAGCAGCAGCAGCACCGCCCGCAACAGCAGGCGGCGGCGACCUGGUCAGUGACGGCCAGCCAGCCCAGCAGCAGGUGCAGGUACAGCCGCUGCUGCCUGCAGCUACUGCCGCCGCCAGCAAUGCCGCUGCCAUCCACUGGUCGCACAGCGGCGCCGUCAACUCGCCGAGGGCAAGUCGCAGGUUACACCGGUCCUCCACCGGCUGCUUCAGCGUCUCCACGGCCGGCGUGUACGGCAGUGGCGUGUACGGCAGCGGCGGCGCCGACACUUCCGCGGCCUUUGGGGUCCCCGCCGCUGGCGGCUCCACCAUGGCAAUGGGCUGCGUCACUGCGACAGGUGCAAGUGGCGGCGGCAACUCGCUAUGGCGGGCCCAGCGCGGGGCGCUAACGGAGGCGGGAGAGGAAGGCACUGCCGCCGGUGGUGGCCACAGCAGCUGCUGGGGCAGCCCGCGUGUCGGUGCAGGGAUGGGCGCUGCUUCGGCCUUAGCGGUCCUGGCGCCUCGUGCCAGUGUGCACCUGCCGCUGCCGCCGCCGAUGACGGGCGGUGGCUGGUGUGGCGGCGGCGGCGGCUCCGGCCGCGACCUGCCGUACGCGGAGUGGCACCCGUGCGUCAGUGUGCUGUUUGCGGACCUGGUCGGAUUCACGGCCAUCAGCAACAAGGUGCCGCCCGUGGCUGUGAUGGAAAUGCUGAAUGCGCUGUAUUGCCGCCUGGACGCUCUGUGUAAUGUCUGGGGGCAGCAGCAACAGCAGCCACCGGGCUCGCCCCUCCACGGCAGCGCCGCCGCGGCUUCCUUCCUGUCUCCCGGCGCCGCCGCGGCCGCCACCGCCGCGCCGCCCUGCCCUCCCGGCUCCGUGUACAAGGUCCAGAUCAUCGGUGACGCUUACAUGGUGGCGACUGGGCUGCUGGCAGACGACCCCGCACACGCCGCCACCGCCUGCAUGUUCGCGCUGGCGGUGCUGCGGGAGGCUGAGCAGGUGCUCGACCCGGUGGAUGGACAGCCGCUGAGACUGCGCAUCGGCAUCCACAGCGGCCCCGUCGUGAGCGGCGUGGUGGGCCGGCUGCGGCGCCAGUACUCGGUGUUUGGAGACACGGUGAACGUUGCUUCCCGAAUGGAGUCCACGGGUACGGCCGGCGUGAUUCACGUGAGCGAGGACACACAGCGACUGGCGGCGCCGCACAUGCCGCCGGGCUGCGGUCGCUGGCUGCGGCGGGAGGGCGUGGAGGUCAAGGGCAAGGGGACCAUGGACACCUACUGGCUGCUGCCGCAGGGGCACGAGGACGCAGCUGUAGCUGAAGGCUCUGACGGCAUGGCUGCUGACGGCCGCGUCUGGACUGCAGCAGGACCAGCAGAAGCCGAGUAGGGCCCAGCCGCCGUGUCGGAUUUGCAACCUAUUCUGGACAUCAAUGGCAGCAGGCACAUAAACAUCAUCUAGUACACUGAAGCAUAUGAACAAGUACUGAACUUACACCUGUGCAACCCCCGCGGCCCUGGGACACGGCUAUCUAGUCAGAUCUACUCGUGCAUUUAGAUCAUCCAAACUGCAGCAACGCCGGCCACCACCGGUAUGACCUGGUCGUGACAAUCUACCAUUGCAUUUGAGGGCACCAGGGAACAAACCAUGCAUUGAUAAUCUCCUUUGAUUCCCUUCAAUUUCGUCAACACGGCCACUUGGCACCCAAAAGAGGCGCAUAAUAUUGAACGGUCCUUACCUGAGUUGUGAGCUAUGAGGCACCAUCACAAUAUAACAUCCUUGUUCAGGAAUGCGGGAGUGCUACAGUGCAUGGCUGAGAGGUCAGGCACUUACUAUGCAGGUGCAUGUACCAGUGCGGAGCCCUGUGGCGGGCGACUGUACGAUAUUUCUACUCGUGUGGCGCGUGCGUGCCUGUGUGCGUAUGCGUGCGUGCAUGUGCGUGCGUGCAUCGAUGCAGUCACCUUAGGAGUCCAUUGCCUUACUGCAUCGCAUCAUGGCGCCGCGAGGUGCUGUCUUCAUAAAUUGUUGGGGCUUUGAUUGCACGUAUACUAGCUGGUGGGGUGAACUCUGCAGGAUUUCGACGUGUGUGCAUGGAGCCAUUGGUGCAGUGGCAUGGAUUGCACAGUGCACGCACCCGGCGCACGCUCUGCGGAUUUGAGGCGGAGAAUUUAGGUGAAGAUGUUGUGUCGUGUUGAGGCGGUGGUCGCAUGACACCAAGUUGCAAUGCAGGGGCUUGUCCGCACUGCGCAGCAGGUAGGGAUGCCCCUUUGCUAGAUACACAGCGGCUUCAUGCAUAACUGGCGACUCCUAUGGUGCAAUCGCUGAUGAGGUACCAUUUGACCUUACUUCCCGGCCCAUGAUACCGUAUUGAGUGCGUGAAUGGGGGCUGCCGGGCGGCUUCUUGCAAGUAUGAUCAUGUCCGGUGAUCCUGUCCAGGGUCCAAGGAACACGGGUAGGCGGCUGCGAGGCCACUCCUCGCCACGUGACGCCUGACGCCUGGACGCAACCUCGACCGCCUGCAUGCGGGGCAGGAUGCGCCCCCCCCCCCCGUGUUGCUGUCCACACCCAGGCAUUAUGUUUACAAAUGCAAAACAAAAGUGCGGCAUACAAAGUGCGGGCCUGCCCUUGCCCAGAGGCACCCCUGGUAUGGUACCAGGUGAUAGCAUACAGCUGACGCUGCAUCAGGUGGUUCGUGGCAUCAGGGAUCAAUUUACACCAGUACCGUAUGUAUGACGUAUGGAUUGAUGCGACAAGGAGGAAGCAACCGUAGCAAGGCAUUAUCAUACAAGCAACUGUGCGUAGCAGUCCCAGUGCACGUACGGAGUGAGGGGGAAACGCCAGAGAGGAAGAGAUCGCAGUACCAACGUGAUGAAGGUUUGCGGUUCUGCAUUGAGGUUAUUGCGCUUGGUGCGUUGUGACGCGUGUACCGCGCCGUUGAAGUCGUUGUGGGCCGGCUAAACCGCUAAAGCAGGUUAAAGAACGCCCCAAAACUGAGGAGUGAGGACUGAGGAGCCUUGAGGGUUGAGCUUUUGGAGGGUUCAGGUGCCCAAGCAUGCAGGAAAUCAAGGUGGUCUAAGGCACUGGGAGGAUGCAGCAGUGGUUCGAUGUGUGUUUGGAUGAGGGCUAUGGUGGACAAGGCUGCAUCGCUGGAAAGUGCGGCAAUGUAACACGCACGGCGUGCGCACCUUUGGCAGUCAACAUGUUAUACUGUUAUAGCUUCCCGCGAAAUUCCGGGAUCGCCGACAAGGCCGGGUCCCAGUGGCAGCAGGCACAAGCUGGCGCGCACAUGAGGACCCAUGGUACGGUAGGGUGGGGCAGGCGGGUGGUCGUUUCUACCAUUUCUACGCCGCCGCCCACCGGCGUGCACAGUCUGUUUCUACAGAUGUCUGGGCUCGCAGAUGCGGCAAACUGGUGAAGGCUGCGGUGGCCAGCGCCAUGCAUGGAUCGCCCCCGCAUAGCAGCAGCAGGGCGCGCGCAGAUGAGAGGUACAGGCGGUCGAGAGCGAGACAGGGGGGGGCGGAAUUGAGACGCUGAUGACACUCGAGGAUUGCGCAUGAGAUUGUUGGAGGUUGACGUGAGGAGGGCUUGUAGUGCGGAUUGCAGUCUGGGUGGCAACAUGCGCGGAUGGGGCUGGCUAGGCCCGGGCGUGCCUGGGGCAUGGGGAUUCGGGCCCGCGGACUUUCUUCUUCUUCUUGCUGGCUGGGGUGGCCGCGUGGGACUUUGCCUUACUGUCUUUUAAUUUGCGUCUCAUUAACGGGACGGGAUACCAGUAAUGAAGACGGGCAGCGUGUAAUGAACGUAGCAG